AUGGAGUUUGCUCUGAUUCCAGCACAGCAUUAUCCUGUCCCCUUUAUGGAUUCCCCGCUGAAUGACAAUACGUCCCUCCAGACAUCUGUCUCUAACAUGAAUGCCAGCUUUUCCCGGCCUGCUGAGCAGGAGGAGGAGGGCAAAUUCUCCAGCGACGCCAUCUGGUUGUGGGUGGCCAUCAUUGCAACCGUCUGCAAUAUUGUGGGUGGCAGUGGUGUGUGUCUGUGCCUUUUAGCCUCUGUAAUGUGCAAGGACACAGCCUGGCUUUCUCUCUUUGCUCACUCGUUGUGA